AUGGCGAACAUACCUGUCGACCCAGCGUUGACUUUAUGGACCACCGCAGAUGAUCAAAAUAGUUACUCAUUUGUGACUGAAUCUGAUCCAUUCGUCUCUACACUCCAGGCUACUGGGUCAACAUCGAAGAAUUUCACUAAACCAAUUAGUUCGUUGGGGCAUUUGCACCGAAACAUCAACAGGAUAUCAAAUGCACGACUGGAAGAACUAUCAGAGACUUUAUUCAAUAAGGAUGCUAACAAUGCCUGGCGAUAUAUCAAAAUUCAUCUUCAAAAUCAAACGACGAAGAACAGUUCGAUAGAUAGAGCCCCUGAAUCAUUGCUCAACGUUGAUCCAGAAGCUUUUCAAAUACCCACAAUACGUUGUAUCCUUCAAAUGUAUGAUAAUUAUCACCUGGAUACACGUAGAAGAGAGAUAAUAACACCAGACCAUAAAAAAGAACAAGAUUCUCUCCUCGAUAGUUUUCUGAGUACUGACGUUAUGAACAUCGCAAUGCAGUUUCUCUCUGAUAAUCAUUAUCUUCCACGGAAUCAGUCCCACUAUAAGAAGACACUGUCCACCCUCUGGUUUUCACCCUAUGGAAGAGGUGGAGGCAAAGACAGCAGUAGUGGCUUUGAACAUGUCUUCCUGAAUGAAUUAAGAAAAGGGAGACAUGUACUCGGACUUCAUAACUGGAUUUAUUUUCAUUCAAUGGAGAACAUACGACGGGCUAAUUAUCUUGGGUACUUAAGGAAAAUUGAUCUCGGUGAUAAAGCUGCAAUCCUGUCACUUCACUUUACCUUCGACUCUCACGAUAAACCAAUAACGUCGAUAUUCAUUGGUACCUCCCCAGAAUUGGAAAUGGCUCUCUACACGAUAUGUUUUUACGCGAGAAGAGGAAAAAAGUGUAAAUUAUCGCUGGGAGGUUCCAAAUUUAAGAUUAUUACCUAUGAAUUGAAGUACAAGGAUAAAACUUUACCAGUGAUUGGUUCAGCAUAUCCUUUAAUGUAA